AUGUCCAAGCCAAAGCCAGGACUAGGCAAGGGCCUCGCACGCACUCUCGCCGCCCACUCGGCCUCGUCGGCGCCCUCGGCUGUUAUUCACCACCCCGUCGCACUGGCCUCGAUUCCUCUCUGGGACGCUCCAGAGUUGGGACGUCGCUCUUACAGUUCGUCGUCAUCCCCACUCCGUGCCUCUGUGGAAGCCCUCUUCUCCCUCCCCCAGUAUCUUCCCCCAUCCCUACUGUUUGACCGUCCGCGACAAACAUUCAACGACUUUGUCAAUCCCACUACAAAUCCCCCACCGCCACCUCCAGCAGCCGCUGCAAUCGUCCGGGUUCCUUCGCCCCCCCACCCUGCAAAGCAGGCCAAGCCAGCCGAAGUCCAUUCUGUCCUUGCACCAGCACAGCAACUCAACAACGGCACUGCGUCUGCCACCAACCCUCACCUCACUUACCUCGGAUCACGGUCCAACGGCAUCGACAUUCAGCCAUCUACGUCGCUACCCGACCCAAACAACCUCAACCUCUACUCUUCAAGCCUCAUCUUCCACCUCGGCUCGAGCGGUGCGCCCAAGGAGCGAACGCAUAUCCCACCGUCGAGGAAGAGAGCCGUCGAGCCCCCUCCUCCUCGUCAGCGGUCAUUCCCACUGCCCGACGUGACACCGCCAACAACGCUCCAGUCUGUGGCCGUCGGCGAGGACUCUUACUUUGCACGUGUCGAUGGCGUGUGCGUUGCGGACGGAGUUGGCGGGUGGUCCCGAUCUGGCACGGGCCCGGGAGACCCAGGCCGCUGGGCUCGCUUGUUGACACACUUUUGUGAGGAAGAGGUGGAGCGCUGGUGGGCUGGCGCAGAUGAUUACAUGACAACCGACGACGAUGUUUCUGGAUGGGCGGCGCGCGCGUGGAAGCGCGGGUCGGAGGAGAAACAGAAGCAUCGACGCCCGCUUGAUCCAGUUGAGAUCAUGCAAAAGGGGUACGAGAAAUGCUUGGCCUGUGCUGCCCAAGAGGGAAUCUACGGCUCAUCGACGUGCCUCCUCGCUUUGCUGCACCACUCGACACUCUUGGUCGCCAACCUCGGCGACUGCAGCCUGCUCAUCAUCCGCCGGGGCGAAGUCGUAUUCCGCACCGCAGAGAUGCAGCAUGCCUUCAACUUCCCUCUCCAACUCGGGACACACUCGCGCGACGAGCCCAUGAAGGACGCCAAGCGCUAUGACAUUGGUGUCGAGAAAGAAGACGUCGUCAUUGUUGGCAGCGACGGUCUGAUGGACAACCUGUUUGAUGAGGACAUUCUGGAGACAUUGUCCGAGUUUGCUCCUCCAAACCAGUCUGGUUCAUUGCCACCGUUCUCGCCUCAGCUGGUUUCUGAAGCGUUGCUGGACCGUGCCCGUGCUGUCUCGGAGCAGAUGACAGCGACCACUCCGUUCAUGAUGCGCGCGAUCGAGGAGGGGAUCGACUUUGUAGGAGGUAAAAAGGACGACAUUUCAGUUGUCGUCGGGGUCAUCGGUGACCGCGACGGUACUACUCUGACACUAGACACCAAGUCGCACCACUAG